AUGAAGAGCACCGAGGACGUCCGGCUUCCCUUGUCGACGGUGUGCCAUUGCAACAGCUGUCGAGAGACGACUGGGCAGCUCGCGGCAUUCGGCGUGGCCUUUGAGAAAGCCCACCUGGAGCUGUCAUUUGUGACCAAGACAGAGGCCAAGUCGGAUGCACCGCCUCUGGAAAAAGACAGGCAAUGGGUCGCCGCUGCUACGCUGCUCCAAGAUGAGAAGCUGUUGGAGGAGCGUUGUGUUAGCUUCUACGAUUCCUCCGUGAGGCGACGCAAGAUCUUUUGUCCCCGUUGUGGUGUUUCGAUCGGCCACACUACCGAUACGCGCUCCAUUCCUGCCGAGUGGGGGUGGCCAGAGGCAAUGGCCGUCAUGACUCCUACAAUCGACCGCGAGUUUCUGGCGAGCGAUUGGUGGGUCCCGGAAAGGGCCACAUGGACGGCCUGCGGGAUACCGUGGGUAAGAAACCAGGCCAGGAGCGGACUGGGUGGCCUCAUAGAACACCCGCUGGCAUUCCGCGAUAAGGUCAUGGGUGACGAUAUCGGCGCCGACCUCGAACUGCUCAAGAUUUUGGGCGAGAGCAUCGACAUUUCUAUUUUCCGGUAG